GUCUGUGUCUGUCAGUCUGUCUGUUCGUGAUCAGAGACACUCAGGUUUCAGAGACUCAGAGAAACAUCGAGGGCUUUCCUGAUGCACUCGACGAACUACGACAGCUGAUCGAGGAUAAAAUUUGCAUCCUACAAUCUCCUACCGACGACCAGCACGAGGACUGUGGUGGUUCACUGUCCUGACGGAGGAGUUGACGUUUCACCUCCAGCAGCUGCACAGACGCACAGAGCAGGAGCUUGAUAACAUUCAGACACAACUUUGUGCGGCUGAUUGCCAUCAUCGGCUGCUGAGCAGUGAGCUGUUUGAUCUUCAGCAGAAGAAAGUGAGAGAAGAGGAGCUACAGAGAAGCUCCACCCUUCAGGUGCCCACUGUUGAGCCGUGUGCUUGUCGAGAGCUUCAGGCGUCAAUCACCGAGCAUUUGGACCAAUCGGAGAGGCUGCUUUUCCUGAAGGAGGCGCUGACCACGCUCCAUAACCUACUGAGCCAGGACCUGCUGCGAUACCAGGAAGAGACGCAGAAACUGAUCCACUUCAGAGACAGAACACUUCAUCUGUCCCUCAGAUCAGACAAGUCGCCCAGCGGACUGAACGACUGCAGCAUGCAGGGCAAGAACGAGACGGAACCAGGCAGGAACACGGAGUCCGAGUACGACACUAACAAGCAGCCAGACAGUCCGGCCUCUGAGGAGGAACCGUCCACGCCACGUGUCCUGCCAAGCCGCCAGAACCCCAAAUAUCAGCUGUUCCUCAACAACGAGGUCCCAACUAAUGGGCUGAGCAGCAGGGAGGCAGAUGGUCCAGGAGGUGGGGGCGGGUUAGCAGGUGAGAACGGCUCCAAACAGCCCCGAUGGGAGACCACUCGUCUUGGGAUGAACCACUACAAAGGGUCCCUGGAGUCCCUGACCUCACGAGAGUGGGACACCAUGUCUGACAGGAUGGGUGUGGUGGACAGUCCUCCCAGAGUGUUCAACAGCCCGUACAUCACGACGGCUUCCAUGGAGUAUAGCCCCAUGCACCGAAUGUCUGACUUCAAGGUUCACGGUGGUCUGUCUCCUGCCACCUCAGAUUUGAACCUGCUCUCCUCCUUCAAUCGCAGCACCAGUCCAGUGGCCACACCCAUUCUCACCAACAGCCGCAAAUUUUCCACCUAUGAAGCUCUGACCCGGAAGAGGGCAGAGGUCGCCAACAAUGUCGUGACCAGCACGGUUAUGCCCGGCCACUACAGCAUGCGCUCCGUGACACACGGCACGCCAAAUAAACGAGACUACAUUGAAGAACUGACCAAACAGCUUCAUGAAUGCCAGAGGCGAAACCAGUUUCUGGAGGCCGAGAGUGCCGAGAUGGAGAAGGAGAGGAACCAGAUCAGGUUCGAGAUGCGAAGCUUGCUGGUGAACAACGAGGACCUGCUAAGGACAAACACCCAACUGAACAAUGAGCUGAAGAGGACAAGAGAGCAAGUGAUCGAUAUGGACCGAGAGAACCAGUCCAUGGGGGAGAGGGUGAGAGAGAUGGAGAUUGAGCUGAAGAACGCCCGGGACAUAAUGGUGGAGGCCAACACUCAGGAGUACGCCUUCAACUUCCUCCAGCAGUCUCUGAAGAACAAGAUCCAAGACGCUGAGGAGAACCUGGAGAAGCAGACGCAGCAUGCUCAGAAUCUGUCUGAGAAACUGUGGCUGGCUGAGAGACAACUGGAGGAGCUGGAGGUCGUCAAGGAAACAAAAGACAAGAGGGCGGCCGAACUCAACAGCACCAUCAUCCGACUGGAGACCGAACUGGGGGAGGCACUGCAGGUGUCCACCCAGGCGGCGGCGGAGGUGAACCUGCAGCAGAAGCUUCGUGAUGAUGCCCAGACGAGGCUGCAGGAACUGGAGGAGUCUCUGCUGGAGAAGGAGCAGGAGGUGCAGAAACUGCAGCUGAUUGUCAGCAGGCUGCAGGGAGAGGUAUCUGGGAAGCUUAUCGAUAAGGAGCGGACGCUGGAGGAGGAGAUUCAGCUCAGAGAGCGGAUUCAGCUGCAGUGGAAGCAGGCGGAGAGGACUGUGGAUGACCUCCACAUGGAGCUGCAGACCACCAACCAGGCCAAAGAAGACCUUGCCAAACAGCUCAAAGUGGCUCAGGAGAAGAUAAUCGACAUGGAGACUGACCUGGAGGAGCUACAUGAGAGCGAGCAGAAAUGGGCCGCCAAACAAAAGCGAGCUAUCGAACAGACGGAGCAGCUGCAGCUGAAGGUGAUUCAGGAGAAAGAUUUGAACGAACAGCUGGAAAGUGAUAAAGCCAUGAUGGAGCGACAGCUGCGUGAACUACGUCUGGAGAUGGAUGAACUUCAGAGCUCCAGAGUUCAGGAGGACGUCAUCUCCAGGACAGAGACCAGAGUCAAAGAGCUAGAGAACAGUCUGAGAGCCGAGGAGAGAAACAAAGCAGUUCUGACAAACACCAUCGGUAAACUGGAGAGAAAAAUCAACGAGCUGACAGAUCAGAUGGAGGAGGAGCAUCGGAUUGCCACCGAACAGAAAGACCUGAUGACGCAGAGGAUUCGCUCCCUGAAGCGACAGCUCAACGAGGUGGAGGAAGAGGCGGGUCGGAAGGAUGCUCAGUACCGCCACAUACAGAGGGAGCUGGCGGAGGAGAGAGAGAUGUGCGCCCGUUUGCAGCGGCAGCUGCUCGACCAGCAAUUGAACAUACAGCGUCAGGAGACGAUGCGUCAGACAUUGGAAAACCUGAAACUGGAUCUGAGCGUGGACGACGACGAAGACGACGAGACACUGGAGACAACUCACACAAACUCUGUCACCAAAGUCUGAGAACAAAGGAUGAUGAAAUCCACACUGACAUGACAGUGUUCCUCAGAAAGUUAGAAAAACAUGUCCAAAUGAACAUUUUACCAAAUGUCUUCACUAUUUAAUUGGGUGUCAAUCUGUUUGUUUGAUCUAAAAUGUCAAAAUAAGAAGAUUCAAAUCAUCAUGAAUUUAAAGUCACCUUUGACCUACAGCUAUUUCCUGGUGAAUGAGAAACUUUUAAAAACAAACAAAAAAAACCCCUUUUAUUUUAAUAUCAGACAAUAAUCAGACAUAUGACUAAUUUGACAUUUGAUAAUUAACAUAUUCCUUUUAUUGAUAUUUUAAAGGACAAAUUAAUGUUCAGGAUUUUUUUUUAGUGGUUAAAAGAUAAAAAGCAAGCUAUGAAUCUGUUUUAAUCUUUAAGUGUACAUUUAAAGUGACGUCUUAUAAUCAGUUGUACAAAAAUAUAUAUUUACAGUAUAUAUUACUCUGAUUUGUGACUAGUUUGAAGGUUUUGGUUUCAGCUUUUUUCUCUCUCUCUUUUCUACUCAAAAGGACUAAAAUUUUUUUUUUUUUUUACAUGGAUGUAGCUGCUUUCAUGAAGAGGGAUUUCAGAUAUUUGCAGUAUUUAAUGAAACUUAAAAUGGGACAACAUAGUGAUUCAAACAGCUAUACAUUAUUUAUAUUAAAUACUUUUGGUCUGUUGUAUGAUUUGAAGAGUGUAUUUUAUGCAGAAGAAAUUCAUAGGGGGCAAAAAACGAACAAGAAAAAAAAACCUUAAAAAAAGAAAUCAGAUUUUUAAGAUCAGUUUCAGGUAUUUUCUGAGUUUUGCUGCCAAUACAAGGAACUGUCAGGUUUUUUGCGCAGAAUCUGUCAACGUUUUUAAAAUGAAAAAAUCUGGUUUUAGACUCUAUGUGCAUUUAAAAUCCAGUCUGUGUUCACAAGAUGUCUUCAGUGUUUAGAAGCUGAACCAGCAGAGACAAGCAAGCAUUAAAGUUUGAAACUGCUUCCGUGCUUUAUUGAUUUUAGUCUGAAACGUUGACAUGUUUAACGUGGCCGAACAGGAUGUUUGACUCCAUUUAGAGGCGCCGCCUAGUGGAGACCAGGCAUCUAGCUACAGCAACCCAAUUUCUCACCAUAUUUCUUUUUGAUUCAACCUGUUGCUUAUAGUAGUUGUAGACGUGGGGUCAUAAAUGGAGUUGCCGUCUGUCUUUCAUCUGUUGAAGCAGCAAUUUAAGUGUAAAUGCAUGCUGUCUCUGAUUUUUCAUCUGUCGUUAAAGAUAAGCAACAGGUUGAUCAUCAUCGUGUCCCAAGGUUCUUACUGUUAAUGCAGGUACAAUAGAAUUUCGUAAAAAGCUCUAGUGUGUAUAUAAUCUUUUUUUUUUCAAUAUUGUAUUACAAACACUUUCAGAUGACACCUUACUUGUUAGAAUUAGACACUGAAACGCUGUGCUCCCCAACAAAAUGACAAAAAAAAAUAGAAAUAAAUUGAAAAAUUGUGCUGCUUUCAGUGCACGCCAGGCCCCUGCUAGUACACCCUUCCCUUCCCAAAAGAGUCAGAACACCGCCAUAUAGUUACGUUUUAUGUGUGCGUGUCCUACGUCUACCCCACGUACUACUUGAUUUUUGGGGUGGGGGUACUGUUUAUAAGCACACAGAUGCAAACCGUCUUCCUGUUAACUAUAAAGUUAGUUUGAAUUUAAAUAUGACUCGCCGCCGUUUACAUUUGUAGAAGUUAAACUGUUUUAUCUGUUUUUCUUGUUUUUUUUUUUUCAGGGUCAGCAGCUAUGUAAAAAAACAAACAAAAAAAAAAACAGGAUUAUUUUUGUAGCUUCACAUUCUACUGGCUGUGCUGUUUGUUUUUAAUUUUAUUUUUUGUGGGUAUUUAUUUAUCUCUCGCUCUGGAUUGGUGAGAUGUUUCUGAGCAUGAAAUGCAAAUAAAGUCUUCUUCACUGUG